UUUUUGAAGAAUAUAUCAAUUGUGUCGAUGGUGACAGUUUCCAUUGCUCAGGAGAUAUUUGUAUUCGCAAGUCUGACGUAUGUGACGGGAAGAGAGAUUGUGAAGACGGAGCUGAUGAACUUGGAUGUGGCAUACGUACCGUACAAGGGGUUGCAGAUGCACUUGAUAAGGAGGUAACAUGGAUAAAAAGUAAACGCACUUCUUCAUGGGGCUGGCGCGAGAAUACACCCAGAAUGAUCUCUGCGUUAUACCUAGCAGGAUAUGGCAGAUUUGAUGGUACACACCUAGAAGAAGAACUAAUGGCAAAACAAGCAAAGCUCUUAGCAUCUGUUGCCGUAUCGAAAAAUUCCUUAUCAAGCGAGUUUCUAAGCAUGCUUAUUAAUGGUUUAUUGAUAACUUGUCACAAUCCUCGUCACUUUUUUGGACAAAAUUUGAUAGAACUCCUCAAGGAAGAAAUCGAAUCGUCAAACAACUUUACCCACCCCAUAACUUAUUUAAGCCUUUGCAAUGCAAAUCAGUCCUGGACACUUAAUGCUGAACAAGACAUGGAUAAAAUUCUAAGCAUCAAUAAUUCUUUCUACGAAUUUUUUAAAGGUAAUUUCCAAAGAAUCUUAAUCCUUUUCUUACAAUAUUUCCGAAAGUCGAAUCGGUGAUUUUAUUGCGGGUUA